GCAGAGCAGCACUGACCUCACCCAUAAGAAAGACUCACAGGACGGCGACUGUUCAGAAUGAGAUCUCCUGGGACUCCCAAAUUCAACCGCUAUAUAAAAAUGGGAGAGAAAACAAGCCUGUGAAGGACAGGGGAUCCCAAGAGGGUUUACCUAAUUUUCCAUUUCAGAGCUUUCUUGCUGGAAAGGAUCCUUCAUGUACAAAUGAGACUGGACAUAAACGGAAUAGGCUCAGCACAGAGCUGCUCUACAGAGGGUCCAUCAGCCCUUGUGAGAGUUACAGUGAGACCAAGUCCUCUGAUGAGCAACGAUCCAGCACCUCUCUAAGUAGUGAGGAAACCUUUCAGGCUGGGCUACAGCAAAUCAGCCAGUUCCCCUGGGAUGUGUAGAGUAGGCUGAGAGGUAGCCACACAGGAAGACUGGGAGACCCACACACCGAAAGGAGCUAAGGAAAACGAGAGACAAUUUGACAAAAAAGGAGUGAGUAGCACCUCUAACACGGGUGGAUUUAGUUGGAAAUGGGUGGCUGCCUAGAAAGAGAGCUGUGGAUCUGUAACAACUCUGAAUCAGCUUGAAAUGUAAGAGACAUGCGCUCAAACUUGCGGCUCAGAGGCUGGAGGUGCUCUUAUCAGUCGACUCCCAACAUUAAUGAGGCAGUGGAUAAUGAGUAUUGCUGGCACCAAAAUGCCAUGACACCAUGGAGGAGUCUGAGGACUAGAUUGGAGGACCCAGUGAGAGGAAGGCGAACACCCCCGUUUUUAUCUGGCUUUACAUCAUUCGAUGAACCAUGGAGAUCAGAACACACAUCUAGCCCAUUUUUAUUCCUGGGCCGGACACGUAGCGUCCCUGAAGCUCUCCAUUGCUACAGCACUUUGCGGUCAAGCUUCUCCUCGAUCACCAUCACAGCCCGGAGUUUGUCUCCUAAAAGGGAUUGUGCAGCUUAUUCAAACUCAACAUUUCGUCCUCUGAAAAUGCCUGACAGACCACCCUCUUUCAUGGCCCGCAGUGAAAAUAAAAUCCUACAAGCCAUUGCUGGCACUCCGGUGCCUCCUAGACACAAAACAGUUGUGGUGACGGUGACCGAGAACAAAGAACGCCAUUGUGCCAGCGAGACCCCCAGCAGUCCCCAAGCUCCACCAGUCCACGAGCACAGCUACACUGAGGAAGAAGAUCAAACGGACUCUUUAAAACGUCCUAUCUUCCGCUCUUGUGCCCAUUUGGAGCUCCUUCCAUCAAACCUGUCCCGAUCUACUCUGUACUGGGACAAAUCCCUCUCAAUCCCUCUUGGACAGACUUUGUAUAGAUCCACUCUGUCCCUUUCCCUUGGAAAACAAUCUUUUACUCAGACCCCUGAGAAACCCGAAACCAUGAUUCAAACUAAAAGGUCCUACAGUGACUGGGACAUGGCAAACGUUGUCGUUGAUGGAACAGAAAGGCUGUCCCAGCACAUGAAGAAUGGUUCAACCAUCAAUGGCAGUGGCUUUAAAAGUAAUACUGGCUCCGGCUCCGACAUGCAAUGUUCCACUUUAACAUCAUUGCCAUUCAGAACAAGGUGCCACUCAUCUUCUGCUGCCUUCAGACUGAAUGGAAAGGCUAAUGAUGUCUUAGGGCCUCCGCAGAGCAAUCUAAGAGCCAGACAGGCAUUCAGCGAGCCAUCAGGAGUCCCUCAGGUGCGCGUAAGGGCCCCUCAUGAGGUCAGAACAGUUUUCCACACGGCUGAGAAAGUCAGGAGACUUAUUGAGUUCCCAGUCUCUCCUCAUCUGACUAAUUGCACCUGUGGGUCCAUGACUGACCAACAGGACACAGGAUACCAGUCGCUUAGCUUGAGGGAGGCUCUUGAGCGCUUUCGUCCAGAUUUCAUCUCUCGCUCUCAGAAUCGGGUGCGACGAUUGGAACUGCGGGCCAGGGAGAGGCGGAGCUUACAAACAGCUGAAUUUAUCAUGGGCGUGGAGACGGCUAACCGUAGGCGGAACUGCACCAAACCACACCCCUUUAGUGAUAACCUUUUCAAACCCAGAGACAGAGCCAUCUCAGGCAAGGAGAUGCAAUGGAGAUCCAGGCGGAUUUACAACAAACUCCCUGAGGUGACCAAAAAGAAGGAGGAGGAGAGGAAGAGGCUGGUAUUGGAAACCAACAGACUGAGGGCAGAGGUGUUCAAAAAGAAACUUUUGGAUCAGGUUCUUCAAAGACACGGUGACUGAGGGAAGUGCCUGUUCACAAGAUUCAUAUCCCCGCGUUCUCCUUGCCUGAGGCAAAGAACUGAAGACGAGCAAGACCUUUGCAGCUUCCUCCUGAGAGCAGAGCUUGGCUUUCUGAUGCGUUGUUCCAAAAAUAAAACACCUUUUACUGGACCUGGGGUGAAUCCACAUGACAUAUGGAUGCACAUCCAUGCCCUGUUGUGUCUGUGCAGUGUGAUAGGUAUUUUUAAGGAGAACAUGUUUGAUAAUUAUUUAUAAGACCACUUAAGACUCUAUAAGACUCUAGACCUGGUUGGAGUCUGUUUUCAGUUGUUAUGUCAAAUAAACCCUACAGAAGACAUAUAGAGCUAAUUAAAAUGUACUUAUUUUACACAAAUUUAUGAUAAUUAGGCAGAUGCCCUAAUGUAUUUAUACACAAUCACUGUAUACCUUAUACCUAAUUAUAUAUUACAAAGGUUUAUUAUGUACAGCCUGUUCUAAAAUAAUAGUCAUUUUGGUUCUAAAGGUCAUCAAUAAUAGUCUCAAGUAUUAUUUGGAAAGAAAAUGCAAUAUUGGCAUCUUUGUACCUGCUUUUAUUCAGAUUCAUUUUGCAAUUUGCCCCACAUUAAAAUUUGGACAUUAUGUCCUCUUUCUGUAAUAGCCAAUUUCAGUAAGUGACGCAGCUCGGUAAUGUUAUAAUGCCGUGGGAUGUAUGAUAAAAAGAAAGGGGCAUAUAUUCCACUGUCUCCUUUGCUCUGGAAGUGUCAGGGUUUCUGGUGCGGAACGUGAAAUUUGGGGUAAUAGAAUUCAGGAGAGAACAGCGUAACGGGAGAUUAGUCUGGAAAGUCAGUGAUCAGGUGUUAGAUGACAGAUUGGGUUACAUGAUGAUAAAGCAGAGACAAGGAACUUAAGGAGUGAAAACUCGUCUUUAUUCAGCAAUCUGAAUUCUGAGCUGGUUGUGGUGCUUUGAAAGGAAGAGCAAGCAAACAUGCUGAAUUGAAAAUGCAAAAAUGUUGACAAGUCCUUGAGUCUCUGAGGUCAGUAUGCUACCUGCUGGAAACCUUGAGAGAGUUAUUAUAGAGUGCCUUGCAUACCUGAAAGGAAAGUGGAAAUGACCCCAUUAAGAAAAUGAAUAAUUUCCUUGCAAAUAAACUCACAAAAUAUGCAGAGCCACAUAAAGUUUCUGAAUUUCUGCAGCAGUAUUAUGUAGGCAAAAAUUUACUUGACAUUAAUCAUACAGUAUAAUGUUUUGAACGUAAUAUGCUAUUUAACUUAAAAUGCACAACUUUUAUCCUAGAUUAUAACCACAGUACUGUUCAAAUUGCACUGAACUCAUUUAUGUCAUAUCAAGCAGAAUCCAGCAUUGAGUGAAUGAGAAUAACACUAACAGUGAAAUCUGACAGUGAAGUAAGUAAAUAUAUUUAUUUUAAACAUAUUAUUUUAAAUAUAUAUUUAUUUUAAAGGCUACACAUAAAUCAUUGACCAGAAACAAUAAAAUAAUACCAUAAAUAAAUUUAUCUGUAAUAUAUGUUAAAAGACUGUGAAAUAUAUUUAUUUGUGUGUGUGUGUGUGUGUGUGUGUGUGUGUGUGUGUUUGCAU